AUGCCUUCGCGAUUAUCGGCGAGCAACGGCUCGUCUCCAGACCCACUUUCGCAAUCGACCGGCCCAACCAUCUCCUCUACUCCCCAAACAAAGCGAGGCCCCAAAAGGAGGAGGACUACGGUCAUAUCGACACCUUCGAAGGUUACCACGACGACCACUAGCUCACCGUGGCGAUUCCGUGUUGUUGUUGAGGCUGAGAGGGAUGUCGAUGAGGACGAUGAUGUCGAUGUGACCUUGUCACGGGGAAGGAAGACACAGACGAGAACUACAACCACAAAGAUACCUCUCAGGGGAUUGAGUCCUGAACCAGUACGGACAGGACGAGAAAAGAAGAAGUCUACCCCGGCGAGAGCAAGAGCAGGGAGUCGUAGUCCUAGUAAGCCUGCUACGAGGAGAUCUCCAGCCGCAGAAAAUACACCGGCACCAAAGAAGGCCCCAAGAGCAAGAAGAAAGGCUGCUCCUGUGAUACUGGUAGAGGAGGAGGGGUGUGAAGGGAAUGGGGCAGAGGAGGAGACUCCAGCACCUCAAAUUCGAGAGGUGGGAAAACCAGCUGAGGUACUGAAGAGAUCUCCCCGGAAAGCGAGAUCACCCGUCAAGCCUCGAGCGGCUCCAGCUCGCGCUACUCGUCGUAGUAACGCUACUGCCGGCCCCUCCCGUGCGGCAGCAGUGGAAGAGGAGGAGUCGGUUUCAAGCAAUCGUAGUGCACUCUCUCGUGUAGACCCGAACACUCUACUUUCCCCUACGCCGCCUGUCAUAGAGCCCUCAAAGCGUCUGACGAGGAGGUCUGCGAGAAAUAUCUCACCUGUUCCUCCCCCUUCUCCCAUCCCAGCCGAGCUGGAUACUGAGGACGAGGAGGCAUCAAUUGAGCAGAGUGAGGGGUUCUCACUCAUCAGUGCACACAACCUGCUUCCGGACUUUCGUGAUUCGUCAUCACGUCAUCACCAAACCUUACCUACGCAAGACGAGGAAGAAGAGGAGGAGGAGGGCGGAGACGAUACCGACGUGGACAUGGCAUUACCCGACUUUACCUACAUCGAUACCGGAGCUUCCUACACUCCUCGGGUAGUUAAGAAACAAGGCCUACCCACUGAAUCUCCAGAAGGGGAACUAUUUGCCGGCGAGGCGGUUGGUAUUGAGAGUUUCUAUGGCGCACCUAUCCCGCCAGGGCUCUUUCGUAGUUCACCUCCGCCAGAGUUUAGUCGAGAAAUUAGUAGCCGGGACAUGAUCACUCCACACAUUCCCGGAGCUGAGAAAACACCGCAGCUACCCCCCCGGUUACCCGACGGCGAUUCCAGAAAGAAACGGAUAAGGGAAACCCCCGGACUAGACAGUAUCCUACGGGCGGGGGAAGACCUCCGGAGCUCUAUGGGCACGGAUAGUUCGCCCGGAAUGGAAAUGCGAAGUGAGCGCUUUGGUGGGGCUUUGGACGACGAUGGCGAGGAUGAUCAGGUUAUGUUGGUGGAGGAGGGUAGUCCGAGUGUUCGGGUUAGAAAAGAAGGGGAAUUUAGCGGGGAGGCCAUCAAGUAUCCCCGUGUGGAGGAAGCCGCUUCUUCCAAGAUAGCUACAACCGCUUCUCCUAGCGUGAGCGAGGUGUCUACGAAACGUACCGAUCGGAAAGGGAAGGGCAAGGCUAAGGCCGCCGAGAAACGUCGGAGGUCUGAUAUUGACGAUGCGGAAUGGGGCCACGCCAAGACUGCUAAGAGUAUCCGCCUAAAUCGUUCCCCUGCCAAAUCACCAUCGAAAUCUGUUCGAUUUCAGUCUGGAGACCAAACACGAAUAUUGGAGGAUAUCUGGGCUCGGGAAAGGGAGGAAGUGCGGAAGCAGGCUGAAGAGGUCGGGGCAAUCACGAUUGACGCAUCUCCUUCAAAGACAGUGUUGCUUGAGGAGAAGUGGCAGGAGGAACGGGAAGAGGUUAAGCGGCAGGCGCAGGAUGCUGGCGCUAUCACUAUCGAUACUACAAUUUGGGAGCAAUCUGGAACAGACGAGUCCAGUUUGAGUCUAGCAGGCCAAGAUACAAAAGCGUUUGAGGAGAGCAUUUACAAUCGUAUCAGAAUGGACGAGGAGGCAGCUCCGGGGAAACUCUUCCCUGCAUCGGCAAUGAAGAAGUCACGGAACGAGCCGAGUUCAAGUGCUGGCUCAAGUUCAAGUACCGGUCGUAAGUAUGGAAUCGGAAGUAGCACCAUCGGCAUCCGUGGUGAAAGCGUCAGCUCCCGUAGCUCUCCCCCACCAACCGCUCCAACAACGAUGUACCAACCAUCAACACGAGAGCAAGCCAUGGCCCAAAUUUCCGCCGGCACCACCGCAACUCGCCCGACUACUGCCCCUUCAAACACUCCCAAUACAAACUCUUCCAAUACAUCAAACAUGCUCCCUCUAGACCUCAUUCAACUCUCGUCUUCAGCACCAAACCCGGAAUCAUCCGGAUGGACCCAAAACCACUGGAAGCUCCUCGAGACAAUCCUCCACUCGCGUAAAACCGUCCCCCCGGCAUCCUGGAAGCGCAGACUCCUGAUAUCGGUUGACGACCCGCCGAAAUUAUCGGCAGAUGGCCUGUUGGAGGAUGAUGACGUCGAAAUCGUACAAAGUCGUGAAGGGAUGUGGUUGCGUCUUAGCACACGCGAGACUUAUGCUGUCACUCGGUUUCUUAGGAAGAAGCAGGUCAAAAUGGAGGGAUGGGGGGAGAAGGUUGUUGCCGGGAAGGUUGGGGCAAUAGUUCUAGCUGCAGUCAGGAGACGCAGGAGGGAGGAGAGGAGGGGCGGGAGGGAGCUGCGGGCUUGA